AUGCGGGUCCUCCGGCCCCUCGGCGCCGAGUCGCCCAUCCAGGGGCAGGAGAGGCUCGGCGUCUCCAGGCCGCUGCUCCGCCUGCAGUCUCCGGCCACCUGGAAGGUGGGCAAGGGCUCGUUCCCUGGGCUGCGGUUUCUCCAGUCUUGGAAUCGGUGCCAGGAGCCCAAGGACAAGGGACCUGGUACCGUGCUUGGUGCUGCAGAUAGAAGCGACCUGGUGCCGGGCGCGGCGGAGCUCAGGGUCUCCUGGGAGAACCAGAUGCUAAUGAAACAGAAACGGAGAUGUUUCACAAACUGUGGUGAGCAUGAUGAAGGAAAAGGCAUGGCAUCCUCAGAGAGUGGAAGGGACGGGGCUGGGGGCAGCCCAGAGCAGGGACCCAAGUGA